AGAAAAGAAUAUGGCUCCUGCGGCCGAGGGCAGCGGCGCCCCGGGGCGCGCUGGGCGCCAGUGACCGCGAUGGUGAACUCCAACCGCGUGCAGCCGCAGCCGCCCGGAGAUGCGAAGCGUUCGCCCGCGCCGCGAGCUCCGGGACCCGGCCGGCUGGCUGCGGGAGGCGCAGCUGUGGGGGGCGGCCUGGCGGUCCCCGGAGGCCUCCGGGAGCAGCGGGGCCUGGAGAUCGAGAUGGAGCGCAUCCGGCAAGCGGCUGCGCGAGAUCCUCCGGCCGGAGCCUCGGCUUCCCCAUCCCCUCCGCUCUCGUCGUGCUCCCGGCAGGCGUGGAGCCGCGAUAACCCGGGCUUCGAGGCCGAGGAGGACGAUGACGACGACGAAGUGGAAGGGGAGGAAGGAGGAAUGGUGGUGGAGAUGGACGUGGAGUGGCGUCCGGGCAGUCGCAGGUCGGCCUCCUCCUCGGCUGUGAGCUCGACGGGAGCCCGCGGCCGAGCCCUGGGGAGCUACCGGGGCACCGGGCACCCGAGCGGGAGGAGGCGCCGACUAGAGGACCAGGGCGCGCCGUGUCCCAGCCCCGCAGGCGGCGGGGACCCGUUGCAUCGCCACCUCCCGCUGGAUGGGCAGCUGCCCCGAGUGGCUUGGGCCGAGAGACUGGUGCGCGGGCUGCGAGGUCUCUGGGGAACAAGACUCAUGGAGGAGCGCAGCACUAACCGGGAGAAAUACCUGAAAAGCGUGCUGCGGGAACUGGUCAUUUACCUCCUGUUCCUCGUAGUCCUGUGCAUCCUGACCUACGGCAUGAUGAGUUCCAAUGUGUAUUACUACACGCGGACGUUGUCCCAGCUUUUCAUAGACACCCCAGUGUCUAAAACAGAGAAAGCCAACUUUAAAACUCUCUCUUCGAUGGAAGAUUUCUGGAAGUUUGCAGAAGGCUCCUUCCUGGACGGGCUCUACUGGAAGGCGGAGGCGGGUAACCACACGCAAGCCGAUAACCGAAGCUUCAUUUUCUACGAGAACCUGCUGCUAGGAGUGCCUCGUCUACGCCAGCUCAGAGUCAGAAACGGAUCCUGCUCCAUUCCUCAGGACUUGCGAGAUGAAAUUAAAGAGUGCUAUGACGUCUACUCUGUCAGUAGUGAGGACAGGGCUCCGUUUGGACCGCGAAACGGAACUGCGUGGAUCUACACAAGUGAAAAGGACUUGAACGGGAGCAGCCACUGGGGGAUCGUCGCAGCUUACAGCGGAGCAGGCUAUUACUUGGAUCUGUCCAGAACCAGGGACGAAACGGCUUCUCAGAUUGCCGGCCUCAGGAGGAACUCCUGGCUGGACCGGGGGACCCGAGCAACUUUCAUUGACUUUUCAGUGUACAACGCCAACAUUAACCUGUUCUGCGUGGUCAGGUUACUGGUGGAAUUCCCAGCAACAGGGGGCGUGGUGCCCUCUUGGCAGUUCCAGCCUGUGAAACUGAUCCACUAUGCCACAGCCUUUGAUUUCUUCCUGGCAGCCUGUGAGAUUAUCUUUUGUUUAUUUAUCCUUUACUAUGUGGUGGAAGAGAUAUUGGAGAUUCGCAUUCACAGACUACACUAUUUCAGGAGUUUCUGGAAUUGUCUGGAUGUUGUGAUUGUUGUGUUAUCCAUAGUGGCUGUGGUAAUUAACAUUUACCGAAUGUCAAAUGUAGAGGGUCUAUUGCAGUUUCUUGAGGAUCAAAAUACUUUUCCCAACUUCGAGCAUGUGGCAUACUGGCAAAUCCAGUUCAACAAUAUAGCCGCUGUCAAUGUAUUUUUGGUCUGGAUCAAGCUCUUCAAAUUCAUCAGCUUUAACAGGACCAUGAGCCAGCUCUCCACAACUAUGUCUAGAUGUGCCAAAGACCUCUUUGGAUUCACCAUUAUGUUCUUCAUUGUUUUCUUGGCAUAUGCUCAGUUGGCAUACCUUGUCUUUGGCACUCAAGUUGAUGACUUCAGCACUUUCCAAGAGUGUAUCUUCACUCAGUUUCGCAUCAUUUUGGGUGACAUCAACUUCGCAGAGAUUGAGGAAGCUAACCGGGUUUUGGGACCCCUUUAUUUCACUACAUUUGUGUUCUUUAUGUUCUUCAUUCUUUUGAACAUGUUUUUGGCCAUCAUCAAUGAUACUUAUUCGGAAGUGAAGUCGGAUCUGGCCCAGCAGAAAGCGGAAAUGGAACUCUCAGACCUUAUCAGAAAGGGCUACCAGAAAGCACUGGUCAAACUAAAACUUAAAAGAAACACUGUAGACGACAUCUCAGAGAGUCUCCGGCAAGGUGGGGGCAAGUUAAACUUUGAUGAGCUUCGGCAGGACCUGAAAGGGAAAGGCCAUACUGAUGCAGAAAUUGAGGCCAUAUUCACUAAAUAUGACCAGGAUGGCGAUCAGGAGCUGACGGAACGUGAGCAUCAACAGAUGAGAGACGACUUGGAGAAAGAGAGGGAGGACCUGGACUUAGAACACAGCUCUUUGCCACGUCCCAUGAGCAGCAGAAGUUUCCCUAGAAGCCUGGAUGACUCGGAGGAGGAGGAUGAUGAAGACAGUGGGCAUAGCUCCAGGAGGAGGGGCAGCAUCUCCAGCGGGGUUUCCUAUGAAGAGUUCCAGGUGCUGGUGAGACGCGUGGACCGCAUGGAGCACUCCAUAGGCAGCAUCGUGUCCAAGAUAGAUGCUGUGAUUGUCAAGCUUGAGAUCAUGGAGCGGGCGAAGCUCAAGAGGCGAGAGGUGCUAGGGAGGCUGCUGGAUGGAGUGACUGAGGAUGAGAGACUGGGUCGUGACAGCGAGGUCCACAGGGAACAGAUGGAGCGCCUGGUGCGGGAAGAGUUGGAGCGCUGGGAAUCAGAUGAUGCGGCGUCGCAGACAGGUCAUGGUCUGGGCACACAAGUGGGACUCAAUGGUCAGCCGCACCCCAGAAGCUCCCGGCCUCCUUCCUCCCAGUCUGCAGAGGGCCUAGAAGGCGGAGGUGGAAAUGGAAGUGCCAAUGUUCACGUGUAAUAAUCCGCGAGUGUUUGCGUGUGUGUUCCUCAGACACGAAGAGGUGAUGUCCAGUAUGGUAAUGUUAAUUACAAUAUUUAUAUGCCUGGCUACAUGAGGAUGCUGGUCUUUGUGACCAAUUGUUAUAAUUGUCUGCACUUUAAUUUAUUUUACGUAAACUUUACCCAUGGUUCAAGGAGGAUUGUUUUACUUUUUCUCAUGUGAGAAAUCUAGAUGUAAAUAUUGAGUUCAGGAAACAAAAAAAAUUUGAAAAGUAUGCCCAGUAGCUGCCCUGUCCAAGUCUUCAGGUGACAAUGAAGAAGCCUUUAAAAGUUGUUCUGAGUUCAUGUCCAGUCCCUGCAUUCGGCAGUGGCAGUCCUGCACAAUGCCUUAGGGAAAACCAGGCUUUUUUCCCCACUGAGACAUAACUUGAGAAAUUACUGCAAGCUUCCUUCUAAGAAAGGAGUCUUAUUUCACCAACCUUUCUCGGGUGAACUUUUCUCACAGACAGAGUAGGAAAGAAGUCCCAAGCAGAGUACGCACAUGGAGCCAUUGCUGAAAUGUGUAUCAAUAGUUGGGAGAGAUAUUAAGUGCUGUGCCUUUUUUGCUAUUAUAUUCCCAGUUUGUGGGACUAAGCAUAUCACUUAUUUUUUGUAUUAUUUAACUUUUGUUGGACACUUGGUAAGAAAAGCCGAAAGGAUAAAUUAUAGGUUAAAAGGUAGGAGAAUUGGAAAGAGUCCUAAUCUGUCACUAAACUUGACUUUUCAAUUCUUUGUUAGCAUAGGAAUUUCUCCUGUUUGUUUCAUUGCACCUGAAUCUAAUAUUAAGAUAACUAAUGAGUAAGACAAACUUACUGAAUAUUUUAUUUUCGUAUGCAGUGAAAGUUUUAAUCCAGUAAAUAUGUACAUAUGAAGCAGUACUUUAAGGAAGUUUAAAAAUGCAUAAAAGCUUUAUAAAAGUAAAGGUUUGGCUUAUGUUUUAUCUAAAAUAUAGUUCUCAAAUAUUCUUCAUUUUAUAUUUCAGAAUGAAAACAUACAAUGUAAAUUUAGUUCAGUUUCAUGUAAGGGGCCUCUAAUAUUAAGGGGUUUUCCAUUUUUAGAAGGGAUCAGCUAAAUGUUGCAAUAUCAGCAAUGGUUUCAUUAGGCAAGGGUCUCUCUAAAUUGAUGGGAAAAAUCUAUUUCUCAAUAUAUGUUGCUGUUGUUGGUGUUAAAGACUGGGUUUCACUGUCUAAUCCUGGCUGGCCUCAGACGCACAGUGAUACAUCUGCUCUCUGCCUCCUGCAUGCUGGGAUUAAGUACAUGUGUAAUCACACCAGGCUAAAAUGAUUGUUUUGAAAAGUGCUGAGUAACCUGGUCUUUUUUUUUUUUUUUUUUUU